GUGCGAAUGAAUGAUAAACGCGCUUCAUUAGCUCGCAUAAUCGCGGCUCGUGUCUAAAAAUUUCCAAGAUAUUUGUAGGCAUCUUAGAGAACCGGCUAUUAAAAAAGGGGGGAAACGACCGUAAAAAUCGUAAACAUCGAGGUUUGGGCCGAUCGAGCGCAGGAUUUACGGGCAGACGGAGAAGAGUUUUCCUCGUCUCUCGUCCGUCGUUCGCCGGCGGAAGUCGUCCCGAUGAGUCCCCGGGGAGCCCCUUUCCUUGCCACAUCGUCUGUAAGGGCGUUAAGUGCUCAGCUGUUGCGCGCUCAUCAUCCUCGUCGAAAUCAAGCAGAGUCGACGGUGUUAUAGAGACGUUUCUUCUAAAUGAGAAUACAUAAUGCGCCGACGGACGCGACCGAGCAUCCUGUGUCACUAGAACACAUUAGAACUCGGAUAUCGAUAUCGAGCAUAGUUUAAAGUUGUCUCGUCUUCGUUUUGUCUCCCGGUGUCGGGAAACAUCGGCUUCUUCUUGUCUACGUUGUACCGAUUUCGAUUCAAGACAUCUCGAAAUUUUCAUGUCCAACGAUUGUCAAGAACGAUUCUUCCCGAAGAUGCAAGAUCACAAUAUCAUUCUUGCGAUAUAUUUUAUCAUUACAUUGUAGACUCCUUUUGACUUGUACGAUAUUGUGUGAAAUUAUGCCGGUGUGAAGCGAGUGUUUUUGUCUAUUUUAAAUAGUUUCAAGAGAGCAUGAAACACGGAAACGAUCGCUCGAAAUGUCAGUGAAAUAAAAUUUCGAACAGUAAGAAUCUGGCGAUAUCUCGGAAGGAUUAUUGAAUCUGAUUCGUGUCGAAGCCGUCGGCAAUUGUGGCAAUUGUGGAGACUUUACCUGGUGAUUGGGUAGAGUUGCAGCAGCAGCAUCGUGUAAAUGCAGCGGCGACGGCCAACAUCUUUAUGAAUUACACGUCCGUGGACAGGUCCAGGAUGGUUUCGCACAUCAUUCCUGUUUCUGGGGAGCUGCAGCAGGGGGGGAAUGGCAAUCUGGGCACCACAGGACUUAGUGGCAUGCAGGAUUCUCCUCAUUCUUUAAAGAUCAAGCAGGAGCCGUUUCAACUAUCGCCACCGUCACCCUUACCACAUCUUCAUCAAGUGAGCGGUUUCGAGCUGCAGAGCAACUGCAUCGGCAUCACCCCAAAGGAUUUGGACACCACCACAAUGACCGGCAGCCUCGGUCGUGGUCUAACGUCGCAUCACGUCUCCCCUCUAAGCCAUCACCAUCAUCAUCAUCAUCAUUCCCAUCCUAGCUUGCACAGCCCCAACUCCGUGGUUUCUAUCCACUCCGCGACGACCGGCACCGCCGGUUCAUCGCACCAUCAUUUAGAUGACAAGGGCUCGUCGCCCAUAGGCGCCCUUCACAGCACCACCAAUAGCAAUCCUUCCACGCCAUCCGCACCCUCCACGCCCACUACGGCUACCACGGAUAGUGGCGCGACCGUCACCGCAUCCAGCGCGAGCAACCCCAACGAUGGCUCCUCCAGCGCCGCCGUCAACAGCAAACCACCCUUUAGUUACGUCGCCUUGAUUGCCAUGGCGAUUCAACACAGUCCACAAAAGAGAGCGACUCUUAGCGAAAUCUACGCUUACAUCACCGCAAAAUUUCCGUAUUUUGAGAAGAACAAAAAGGGAUGGCAGAAUUCCAUCAGACACAAUCUGUCAUUGAAUGAAUGCUUUGUCAAGGUACCCCGAGAGGGGGGCGGCGAAAGAAAAGGCAACUUUUGGACCCUCGAUCCGCAGUACGAAGAUAUGUUCGAGAACGGCAAUUACCGAAGACGGAGACGAAUGAAGCGUCCCUAUCGAAAUGCUCCUCCUCCGUAUCAUAAACAAUUCUUCGGCGAUCCAUUCUCAACAACUCAUGUACAUUUGGGACCUAGAAAUAUUUUUGGUCAUUCACCCCCUUCAUACGCUCCUCCUCCUUACACGCGAUAUGAUACGAGUCCAUGGAGUCUUCAACAAUCGCAGCUUUCAUACAACCAUUGUCAAUCGUUGCAAUCGCAAUUGCAGCCAAUGCAGUCGAUGCAGAUCCCGGCUAUGAAUGGCUACAGUCAACUGGGUACUUCGUUAAGUGAGUCAUUAUUCUCGCAUUUUGUGCCUUCUUUUGUCGAGCGGGGUAACGCCGAUCGACCAGACAAAGCGUUUCAAGGCAAUUACCUGGAUGUUCCAGGUGGAACGACCGGAUCUCCCGGUUCCAUGGGCAGCAGCUCUUUCGGAAACAGUUUCGCCGCGUGCAGCAGGAGGCACGAGUCCGCGAUGACCACGGAUACAAUGGCCGGAAGAUGCUAUUGGCCCGAUAUGGUAAACGUAAAGGAGGAACCCGGAACUAACGUCGUGUCGACUAGCAGUGUCGGCAGUGUUGGCGUCCCGUCCAGCAUGAUGAGCUCCGCCGUGUCGUCAGGCGUUUCCACGACAGGAUUCGCACCUAUGGAGUUUCAAACGCGUUCCAAGUGCUUUAUGUGAACUCGCGAACUCGAAGAACCGUCGAUUAAAUCGAUCAAAUUGCAGUGAUGAUUCGAGGAUCGAAGGACGAUGAUUUUGCGCAAUUUGCAAUGAGACGGUGGAUUUGCCGAACGGUGAGCGAUAUACUUGAAUAAAUCUGGUUAAUGCAAAUAAUAUGUAUAUCCGCAGAUUAAAUUUAACAAAUAUUAUCGAAUAAUAUCCGAUAAUUAUUUAAUAAUAUUAUCGAAUAAUAUUAUUUAAUAAUAUUAUUUGCGAAGAAUCUAACCGCACGAACAAAUAGGCAAUAAACAUUGUAAAACUCGUGUAAAAUCGUUGUUGUGUUAAUUCGAUGUUAAACGAACUCGUCAUGUCGCGUCUCUUACUGCGUAAGCGUGUUCGCUGUUGAUACGUAAGCAAUACGCAAUGUACGCGAAUAUAAUCGCGCUUAUCUUAUGAAAUGAUACGAUGCGGUAUCCUGUAACGACUGAAUCCUUUCACGAGAAUGAUAUAACCAUCGUGGAGAAUGAUACAACCAUUGCAUCUGUUAUCUGGUUCUGAGUGUCGGAGAUACAUCGUGCGACGCAAACAAAACGAUUGCGAAACGAUUCCUUAACUUUGUCUCGUUUUUUGACGGUAAUACACUUGAAAAUACCUCAAUCCUAGUACAUCGUUUUAGGAUUGCUUCCACAGUAUUUAAUAUCUUGAUGAAAAAUUUUGGAUGAGGGGCUAACGAGAAAAUUUGCGAGAAUGAGAUAUCAUUUCGAUCGGGAUAGAAUGGAAGAACGCGUAGUACUAUGAAUUUAUCGGAAGGCCUUCUUUUCCGAAUCAAUGUAAAAUUAUUAAUAUUUAAAUUUUAAUUAUAUUAUUUUUAAUUUUAUUGCAUCUUACUUUAUUUUAUAAGUUAUUCUAUUUUAUAUUACUUUAUCUUAGUUUUUUUAGUUUAUUUUUUUUUCUCUUAUUGUUGUCUCUUAAUGAAUUGUUUCUUAAUGAAUUCUCCCUAAAUUCUACUAAACGAAAAGAUAAAUAAAGAAGUGGUUAAUAAAAUUAUUAAUAAUGUAAAUAUAUUCGUAGAAUAAUGUGCAUGAAAUUUUCAUUUAUUUUCAUGCGAUUUUUUGCGUUCUGUAUAUAUGAUCAAAUGAUAUCUCUUCUAUAAAAGCGAUAGCUUUUAAUUAAUUAAAACCUAUUAUAAAAAAGAGCGACACAAAGUGCAGAGAAAACCAUCUUGUUGUCGAGAGUUUCCUCUUACAUACAUAGAAUUUAAUAAAGCUAUACAUGUUUAAUCGUACAAAUAUGUUUUAUGUCAACUAUAGAAAUUAGAAUGAAAUUGUUUUUUGACAAUCGCAAUGUAAAUAUAUGAUUAGUGUAGAUGUGUUAAUAACUUUAAAAAAUCAUCUUGCGGAUUAAUCUUAUAUGUAUAGAUCAACUAAAGUUAUAAUUUUUAUUAAAUGUAAUAUCUCUCGUUCGAAUUUAUUAUAUAUUGAAAUGUAUAUGUGCAUAUUAUGGCAACUGUAUGCAGUUCGACAAAAAUUAACAUAUAAAAAAGUGUAACAGUGAUUAUAUAAGAGAUAAUAAGAGAAUAAAUCUUAAUUAUUUAUCAUCAACAAAAAAAAGCACAAUUUGUUUUAGAAAAUCAGUUUAUUUAC